AUGUCAAGAAAUGUGUUGAAUAGCGGUGAUUGUGGAGAUGGAAGUGAAGGAGGACGCGGAGACUAUAAGGGCAUUUACGAAUUAUUGGCAGAAUUAUGCAAAAAUUUGGCAGGACCAUCUGAAAAUCAUAGAGAAAUUUUACGUCACGUAACACAGUACAUAUCCAACUGUCCCACUGCUUUGGGCUCAACAUUGCCCUUCGACGAAACCUCAAUUCUAACAAAAAUCACACAUCAUCUUGACUCCUUUGCUGCGAAGAGUGUUACUUCGAAUAUAUGCUCUGCUGGAUCACAAUUCGGUGCAGCGGGAAGUGAUUGUACUAAUUCUGCAGGAGAAAUAAGCAGUGCUAUAAACAAUAGUGCGUUAUUUUUAAAAUUUCAUGAGCAACUCAAAGCGGCACUUCCUGAUGAGCAUCAACGUACCGCAUUGCUAACUUUUCUAUAUUUUAUGUCUGACUCCAAAUACUCAACCGAUAAUGUGCACAAUGUUGGGAAUGUUAACAGUCACCGUAGUCAUUUAAUGACUUCGACUAAUUCAGCGUUUCAAUCAAUCCGAUCACAUUUGUUGCACAAAACUUCUAAUCAGCAGCAGCCUCAACAUUCCAUACUUCCUGUUAACAAUAGAGCCAGAAAUGAAGAAAGCGUAAAACCAAUGGUAUCUGGUCGUGGUACCUUUAAUCGUAUGACACCUGAAAAUGAUCCAACCGGUGGAAAUUGUGGUGUUAUUCAUGGAGUAAACUUUCCAUCUUUACGUGCUGAUGGUAGUAAAUCACUCGACCUACAAAAUAAUGUAAAUGACGACAUAGUACAAAAUAUUAUAUACGUAUUUACGGGUAUUCAGGGAAAAUACCUUAAAAAGGACGUAAUAUCAGGACGUUUUAAAUUAGAUUCAAAGGUGAAGUCCUUAGACGUGGUUCAAGCAGGAAUGCUUCUGAGGCUUUCUGAAUUGGGAUACUACCAUGACUUGGUUCAGUCAUAUACAGAUAGCAAAAGCGGAUUAUGCCCUUUGGGUCUUAUGGGACAGGGGUUUGUGUCCGCUUUAAAAAAAGAACUAACUAGAUAUUAUGGCAUGGUUGCAACACUUCAAGARCAGUUAAACAGGCAAAGAGAUCAUGAACAUAAUACAAUUUUGAGAGGCAACAGUAUUAUACCAAUGCGUCACGAACGACUAACUUUAAUGAAAAUUCUAGUAUGGUCAGUUGACGCACUUAAGAGGUUGCAAUGGCUAGCAACUAUAGCGGAGGCAUGCCGGGAAAAGAAAGGUGGUGCUCUCGCUUCAAUGGUACAUAGUUUUUUGAAUAACGGUAACCCCACUGUAAAGUCUCUAGUUCGUGAGCUUUUGCUUGCGAUUUGUGGUCCACUUUAUCAAAUGCUCUCACAUUGGCUAUUGGAAGGAGAAAUUUGCGAUCCACACGGUGAGUUCUUCAUUGAAUGCUUGUCASAAGUUGGACCUGAUCGCUUGUGGCAUGAUAAAUAUAGAGUACGCAUAGCUAUGUUGCCAAAUUUUAUGUCAACUGAAAUGGCACACAAAAUUUUGGUAACAGGAAAGAGCAUAAAUUUCUUGUGUGAAAUAUGUGAAGAUAAAAGACCAGUUAAAGGACGGGAUGAAUUACGUCUAUGUAUCGAAGAAAAUGCGGAUCACAUAUUUUCACGAGUAGCCGAUACGAAAUUGCAUUCAACCAUCGAUGCUAUUUACUUGAAUACUUCGAAGCGUGUCCUAGAUAUUGUCAUGGGUCCACAUAAACUUCUCGAACAUCUUCAGGCAAUGCGUCGUUAUCUUCUACUAGGGCAAGGAGACUUUAUUGGAAUCCUUAUGGAAAAUUUGAAAUGCGAGUUGGAUAAACCAGCAAAGGAACUUUACUCUUACGAUCUUUCAUCCAUAAUGGAUGCCGCCAUACGAUCAACAAAUGCGCAAUAUGACGAUCCAGAAAUUCUCAAUCAUCUAGAUGUGCGGUUGCUAACUCCCUGCGAUGGCGAUAUUGGUUGGGAUAUACUAUCGUUACAAUAUACCGUACGCGGCCCUUUAGCUACUAUGCUCGAACCGUGUAUGGGCAUUUAUCAAAUCCUUUUCAAACCUCUAUGGCGUAUGAAACACAUGGAAUUCGUACUAUCCUCUAAAAUUUGGAAAGAUCAAAAGUGCAACGCAAAGCCACUCCGAGCUAUGGGCAGUGAACUGAAUCAGGUGCUUUAUCGCUUGCAUCUCCUUACGUCAGAAAUGAUACAUUUCAUUCAUCAGAUGCAGUAUUACAUACUCUUCGAAGUAAUUGAAUGUUCUUGGGCUGAACUGCAGGACCGUGUACAAAGUGCAAAAGCAUUAGAUGACAUCCUUGAUGCUCACGAUGAAUUUCUGAAUGCCAUUAAAUGUGGAGCUUUCCUUGACUCUAAUUCGGGACAGUUAUGCCAGAAUAUGGAAAACGUGUACGAUGGUAUAAUACGGUUGGAGUUGUGGCAAAACAAAUUCUACGAAAUCUGCUUUAAGGAGUUAUCAGCUCGUAAAGAGUAUAAAAAUCACAUAUUUAUAUCUGAAGAGGCAGGUGAAUUCGGAGUAACUGCUGAGCGUCAAUUAGAAAGGGAUCAAGAGCGUAAGAUAUUCGAACAAAUAAUUGGAAGCUAUCACAAGUCCCUGGAUAACAUUUGCGCCGAUUAUGAAAAGGCAGUACGCUGCUUUUUGUUGGCACUGAACUCGCAUAACGAUCAUAAUUUACAGCUAUUCGGCAUACGUUUGGACUUUAAUGAAUACUAUAAAAAGCGCGAUCAACGCCUUUGUGUGCCGUUGACUUUCGAGCACAUGCGAAUGAGUAUUAUGUUCAAUGGGAAUAAGAGUUUGGCGGGAAGUCGAUAUUCGGCGAUGAAUUGA